AUGGCAAACCCGUCAGCCUCGCUUACCCCAGGCCUAUGGGACACAGCCGGUCAGGAAGACUAUGAUCGUCUGCGCCCCUUGUCUUAUCCGCAGACGGACAUCUUUUUGAUUUGCUUUUCAAUCGUGUCUCCGCCGAGUUUCGAGAACGCCAAGACCAAGUGGUGGCCUGAAGUGUCACACCAUGCGCCCGAUACCCCCAUCAUCCUCGUGGGCACCAAACUGGACUUGCGUGAAGAUCCGGCGACGAAUGCGCGCCUGCGAGAGCGCCGCAUGGCACCGAUCUCCUACAGCCAGGCCAGCCAAAUGGCCAAAGAGAUCCGCGCUGUGCGCUACCUCGAAUGUUCCGCCUUGACACAGAAGGGUCUCAAGGGCGUGUUUGACGAGGCGAUCCGCUGUGUUCUCUCCCCGAAGCCGAUCAAGCGACGGAAAAUGAACAACUGCCUUGUGUUGUAA